CAUUUGUAUUCGGCCACUCGGGGUAUUUCAUGGCCUUGUAUUGUAAGCUCCUGAUCAGUUGUAUCAGGUGAAAGGCGCAGCAGCGCCACCUGUACGCCUCUGGGAAAACUGCUUCACCACGGAGACUUCCCACGGCCCACUACCCCUAGUCUAGUACAAUAUAGCCAAUAUUGCACACUAAGUAAUGAUGAUGAUAUUACUUUUGAUCUUGACAGCGCCAUCUCUCAGUCAUACGCUUCACGGCGCCACCGCUACUCUUAUUUACGUUGCACUGUGGAAGGUACAGCUCCCUUCUCUAGUAUGUCCUGUGCGUCAGUUGCAUAUCGUUCCUUGAAGAGGCCAGACGUAUGCCGAGUGAGCUCCUGGACGACACUUUGCAAAGUGGUGAACGUGGUUUAAAUCAUGGAUCUGGGACCACAAAGAGCGCGCCAUGCCGGCAAGCUGACGGGAACAGAGCCAGUCGGCGGUCGUGCCUUAGUUCAAAGGUACACUCCAGAGACGCGACAUGAGAAGAGCGAAGAGGUGCAAGAACUUUAUCCUCAAGUCAGCGUUACUGUGUACUGUGUUGUGCACUGUGGUCUGUUUAGUGCUGUACACGCUUGACGCCUUCGGUCCACGUGAUGUGACGUUUCUUGGUGGCAACUUUUCUAAACCGCACCGAACAUAUCGCGUUCUUAUGUGGCACAGCUUUGGCCAUGAUUUUUUUGAACGCAUUUUCGGGGACAAUGCCACCAAGAAGUGCUCAUUUCCAUGCAAAUUCGGCCAAGACCGAAAUGACCUGUAUAGAAGCGAUGUCGUCGUUUUGCAGAGCUUUUCUAAGUCGUUCUGGGAAAGUCUCCCUCGCCGCCGUAGACCGGGCCAGGCUUGGGUGUUGUACGCCAUGGAGCCUCCGUACAGACUGCCGGUGAAGGCCUCUAAGUUGGAUACGCUAGGUAUUAACUGGACGCUCUCUUAUCGAUUCGACGCUGACGUCGUGCACAGACAUGGCUUUAGGACGGUGCGUAGGCGAAUCGUCAAGAGCGUAUCAGCGCCGGACCCGAAAGCUAGACCCGUAGCGUGGAUCGUGUCCAACUGCCGGAGCUUCAGCCGCCGCGAGAGCUACGUGCGGGAGCUGCAGAAGGUCGUCCCAGUGGACGUGUUUGGUCGCUGCGGGCGACACCGCUGCCGCGAGCAGCACUUCGGCUGCUACCGGGAAAUCGCGGCCAACUACUCCUUCUAUCUGGCCUUCGAAAACUCCGUCUGCAAGGACUACAGCACCGAGAAGCUCUUCCACCCGCUGAUGAAUUCCAUGGUUCCCGUCGUGAUGGGCGGCGCCAAUUACUCCGCGGUCGCACCUCCGGGAUCCUACAUAAACUUCGCCCAUUUCAGGACCGCUCGAGAAUUGGGAGCUUAUCUGCUGAAGCUGCAAGGAAAUCCGCAGGAGUACAAGCGCUACUUCGAGUGGAAAAAGCACUACUACAUAGAGAGGCCUUCCUUUGGUUGCACCACAUGCGAGCAGAUUCACCGGCUCUUCAGACUUCCCGCGAGAGAAAUCCGCCGCAGCCUGUACGAGUACCUCUGGAAAGAGGCGCGCUGCACCACAUGGCAGGGGCUGCUUAAUAGGACCUGGUCGUAACGCGACCCAGGUUGUCAGGAGUGCGCUAUCAAGACGGAACGCGCCAACGGACUUCUAGCCUGUUUACCCCUCCACGUACUGUACAAGCUAUUACGCAAGCAUACUGCAUGUCCCAGCCAAUGCGGCGCAAGCUAUAACGAAAAAAAAAAAAUCGGCAGAACCCAUCGCACGAUGACUGCCGAUGGUAAUGCGUUAAGCAUUGAAAAAGUAUAGCGACACAACCUAUUGCCACUGUAGAAACGAGAUAUGUAUGAGGCUGUACUUCAGUGGGACUCCUCUUUCACGCUUCCCUAAGAACACUCGGCGCCACCUAGCCCCGCCGCCGUGAACUCUGUGCGUGGCCGCCGAAAUGCACUGCGCGCCACUACCUGCGAACGCUCUCUCUCUCGCGGUUUUGGAUAGAUAGGUGCAUGCUAAGAGCAUCGUCUGUGAAGCAGGGUGGUGGGGUGCCUUACCAAGCCUUUUCUCUCUUAUUUUGCCUAAUGUCUCAAGUGCCUCCUUUUAUUGCGAUGGACACUCCGGGCGCAUUUUUGCCGUCGCCGUCGCCGUGAUGUUAUGUAUAAAGUCUAUGGUUAACAGCGUC